CCACAGAUCACGGCGCUGAUUCUCCUCGUCAGACAAAGCUGGAAGAUAGAGGGAAAAUGGAGCGGUUUUGGUUGUUGAGGAUUUUAAUAGUAGUGCAAGUUUUUCACGGGUCUUUAGCCGGCGCUUCAGGCAACCAGUGGAAGAAAAUUAAAGAAAGGAUAUCGGAUGCUGUUAAAGGGUACACUCCAUGUGAACCUGUCAACUGUAGCUGCCACCUAAGUGUCCUACAGCAUGACUUGCAAACCUUUAAAGGGGUUUCACAGGAUGUCAUGGCUGCUACGAUUCAGAGAGGAGUGGGAACCCACUACCAGAUCAUUGGACACAAGCUGUACAGGGAGCAAAACUGCAUGUUCCCUGCUAGGUGCAGUGGGGUGGAGCACUUCAUACUGGAGGUGAUUGACAAGCUGCCUGACUUAGAGAUGGUUGUAAAUGUGAGGGAUUACCCUCAAGUCCCCCACUGGGUGCAGCCAACCCUGCCAGUCUUCUCUUUCAGUAAGACCUCAGACUACAACGACAUCAUGUACCCAGCAUGGACAUUUUGGGAGGGCGGGCCUGCUGUGUGGCCCAUUUACCCCACUGGACUGGGAAGAUGGGAUCUGAUGAGGGAUGACCUUAAAAAAUCUGCAGCACAGUGGCCAUGGAAGAAGAAAGAGUCUAAAGGAUUUUUCAGAGGUUCCAGAACCAGCCCUGAGCGCGACCCUCUCAUCCUUCUGUCCAGAGAAGCUCCAGAGCUGGUAGAUGCAGAAUAUACAAAGAAUCAAGCCUGGAAGUCUGAGAAGGAUACUCUUGGGAGACCCCCUGCCAAGGAAAUUCCCCUGGUAGAUCACUGCAAAUACAAGUAUUUGUUCAACUUCCGUGGUGUGGCAGCAAGUUUUCGCUUCAAACAUCUCUUCCUGUGCGGCUCCUUGGUGUUUCAUGUGGGAGACGAAUGGCAGGAGUUCUUUUACCCUCAGCUCAAGCCCUGGGUCCACUACAUUCCAGUCAGGCAGGAUCUGUCUGAUCUCAGGGAGCUGCUCCAGUUUGUUAAAGAGAACGAUGCCAUCGCGCAGGAAAUAGCUACAAGGGGGAAGGAAUUCAUCCUCAACCACCUGCGAAUGGAAGAUGUUUCCUGCUACUGGGAAAAACUUCUGACCGAGUUCAGCCAGCUUCUCACCUACAAACCCCAAAGAAAGAACAGCUACAACCAGAUAGUCCACCGAGCCAGCAAAACAGAGCUGUAAGACAGACUGUGCGGGACCAGAGCAGCUGCUGCGAAGAUUCUGACUGUAACUGCACCAGGGCGUGUGGUUUCCUUUCAAGCAGCACUGUGUCAUUUUUGUUUGGGACCAGUGUGGACCACACAGUGACCCACAUGUCCACCAGUUAGUGGGCUUAGAUUACACAGCUGUACAAGCAGCUGACUGUAGAUGCUGCCAGUAAUUAAUCUGUGCCCACAAGAUUCUAUCAGUAUCUUUUGAAAAAGGGGGAAAAGUGUGCACACUGUUUCUCUGCGGUGUACAUUCUUCCAUCAGAUCACGUGACUGACACGUCUCUCUAAAAGAGCCUGCAUUUGCAAGACUACAUUAAGGAUCCCUCCAUCAAUGCAUUCUUGUGAAAUUUUCCUUUUUUUCAUGAAGAAUCUUCAGGUGCCACUAGGGGGCUUAUGUGCCAAAGUCCUUACUGAUCACUCUGGUUUGAUGAGUUCAGUACUUCCAGAUGUGAUGACUGUCUUGUUUUUGUGCCUGUUAUCCAUCUAACCAGCACAAGUGCGUAACUAUAAUGCAUGUUUUUACACAGUCGGGCAGUUUUUAAGCCACUAAAGAGGGAAUCCAUUAUUUUACACAUCAGUUUAUUUUUAUUUGUCAAAAAGUUAUAGCUGUGAUUGUUAUUAUGAUUAUAUUAUAGUGACAUUAUCAAGGUUAGUGGAAAUCAUGAUGUAAAGGGUAUAUGUAAAGAAAAAUCUGAGGGAUUGUUGAUGGAUAUCAGUUUGCGAGUAACUUUUAUAACUAGAUCACAUGUGAAUAUUUAGACUGUGUAGGUGAGAGGCAAAAAUUUUGGUACUAGAAGCUUUUUGGUUUGUGUUUUGUUGUCCAGUUGUAGAUCUGGUUUUUGAGCAGGCUUUGGUUGCAUGCAGGUAACUUGUCCAUGUAGAGAGCAAAAGAGCAAUUACUCCUACUGACGGGCUCCUAGAUUGGUCCAACAGUUGUUUUUAUUGAAACUAAAACUAAUUCUCCAGGAAGCGAUCACAAUGGAAAUAUAAUUCACUCCUGUCUUUAAGUCAUUGAAAACUGUAAUGGAAAUGGACGACAGGUGUUCAGAUAUUUACAAAAGAUGUGUAAUUAUUAAGUGGUAGUUAAGGAUACCAGGUUUACCAUGUUGGGAUGAUUUAAUGAAAAUAGUUUAAUAUUGAAUGAAUCUAUGUUUAGUACAGUUAGUGAAAAUAAUGUGUAGUCCACCUACCAGAGAUUAAAGUAGUGGCUAAAACUGGUAAGAUGAAUGUCUGAGGAUCAUGUGGUAGUAGAAUUUCUUCUUUGCCACCAGUGAAGAUGAUUGCAAAGCUUUGCUAAAGAUAAGUUUUGUGACACUGCCCUCUACUGGGCAACUGGAAAAACUCCAGACUUUUACUAAGUUUCAUGACAACCGGAAAGCAAAUCAUUACCUAUAUCAGUCUACAUUUCACCGCCAUCGAUUUCAUAACCUAAAUAGAAGGACACUUUCUUUUACACAAAGUGCCAGCAGUGAGCAAUAAUAUUCAGAGUAACCACUUUGUUUACCAUUUCUGAUAAAUCUGCCUUGAUAUCAAGACAUUAUAGAUGAUGUAACCGAUACAUGAUCAUGGUGAAUAUGUUGUAGUAUUCGCUCUGUUUUGUCAGCCAGCAGACUCAAUGAUGCAACAAUGUUUGUUUUACACUUGUGUUAUAAACUGCUCUAAUAUAGUGUAAUGAUUUGGUUACUUGAGGAAGAAAAGAAGCUGAGAUGAUGUGUCUGGUCAGUGUUUGUUUUUAUCUCAAUAAACUGGUUAAAACUUUUUAA